AUGUCUUAUAUCGUUAUUGAACGCAACGGUCUGGUGACAAGAUUAUUCGUAUUGUUGAUGUUGGAAGUGGUCCUAACACUUGCCCCGAUUUUUAUCUUCUGUUGUUUUGAGUAUCGAGCAUCGAAGAAGAAGAAGUCUAAGAAUCUGAAUAUCUCAAAAUCUCGGAAUCUCAGAAUCUCAGAAGCUCAGAAUCUCAGAAUCUCAGAAACCCAAGAAUCUCAGAACCCAAGAAUCUCAGAACCCAAGAAUCUCAGAACCCAAGAAUCUCGGAAUCAGAAUCUCAGAACCCAAGAAUCUCAGAAUAUCGAAAUCCCGGAAUCUCAGAAUCUCAGAAUCUCAGAAUCUCAGAACCCAAGAAUCUCAGAACCCAAGAAUCUCAGAACCCAAGAAUCUCAGAACCCAAGAAUCUCAGAACCCAAGAAUCUCGGAAUCUCAGAAUCUCAGAACCCAAGAAUCUCGGAAUCUCAGAAUCUCAGAACCUAUCAUUCAUGUGUCUAG